CAUUACAUACACACAACGCAGACCAAAACCACAUGAUGCUGCCGCCACACAACAGCAGCAGUAGCCGUACAACAGUACGGCUGGAUACACAUCUCGUGUAACAACAAAGUAGAGUGGAUUUUCUGGCACAAUGAAACCGUUAGAUUGGAACACACUGCUUGGGGUAUAUCUGCUUUCAUUUUAUCUAACUUUCUGUCAGUGUAUAGACUUUACCUACUAUGUGAAAGAAGAUAGAAACCCAGGUGUAUAUUUGGGUGAUAUCACCAGAGACACACAUAUUGAUGAAUUACUGAUCACAGACAGAAAUCUAAUACGGUUCAAGCAGCUACAAAAAGACACAAAGAAUGGAGAGCUGUUCAAUGUUUCUAAAACUGGUAAACUUUAUACAGCUCAGCGAUUGAAUGCUGAGGCUCUUUGUAAAUAUAACACUGAGUGCUUCAGAAUAGUAGACAUUGCUGUACAAAAAAAGGAAUCUUUUCUAAAAAUAUUAGAAAUCAAAGUGAUUAUAGAAGAUGUUAAUGACCAUCAACCUGAAUUCCCAACAAAAGAAAUUGAGCUUCAGUUUGAUGAAACCGAUGGGAAAGGUACAAGAAGAUCAAUACCCAAUGCUAUUGACAAAGAUAUUGGUAUAUUGAAUUCGCAGAUUAGUUAUGAAUUGGUGAAAAAUACUUAUGAUCCAUUUUCACUCGCAGUUUCCAAGAGAGUUGAUGGUUCUUACUCACUAGGAAUUACAUUAGAAACAACACUAGACAGAGAAGUAAAAGAAAUUUACAUGUUACAAGUUAUUGCAAAGGAUGGAGGAUAUCCACCAGAGCAAGGAGUGUUAAACAUAAAGAUAUCAGUUUCGGAUGUUAAUGAUAAUUCUCCAGUAUUCUCACAGAAUGUCUAUAACGUUACAGUGAAUAACAGACAAAGAAACACGCCAAUCAUUACUCUCUCAGCAACUGAUUUAGAUUCAGGUAGAAAUGGAAACAUUUCUUACUAUUUCAGUUCUAAAACAACUGAUGAUGCUAAACAAAAUUUCAUACUGAAUGAAUUGACUGGGGAAAUACUUCUGCCAGAAAAGUUCAAAUCGGGUGAAGUAAACAAAUACAAACUAUUUAUUGAAGCUCAAGAUGGAGGGAACCCUCCACUGAGUUCCAUUGCCACUGUGCUUGUAAAUAUGGUGAACAGCCAUAACGAUGCACCCAUCAUUGAUGUAAACUUUGUUUCAAAAUCCAAUGGUAACAUAGCAUCUAUAUCAGAAGGAAUAGAAGUUGGCAGUUUCAUUGCCUAUGUUAAAGUCACUGAUAACGACAAUGGAGAAAAUGGUAAUGUAGAUUGUGUUGUUGACCACGAACAUUUUCAACUCCAGAAGCUUGGUGAAAAGAAAUAUAAAGUUAUAAUAAAGAAAGUGGUUGACCGAGAAGUAGAAAGUAACAUAAAUUUGGUAAUAAGUUGCCACGACAAAGGAAUCCCUUCACUUAAAUCUGAAAGGAAAUUUUCAAUUCAGGUAACAGAUAUCAAUGAUGUACAGCCACACUUUGCUAAAACUAUGUUCAAGUUUUUGACUUAUGAAAAUGAAAAUCCAUUCUUUCCAAUCGGAUUAAUCAAUGCUACAGAUCCUGAUUUGGGACCUGGAGGUGAACUAACAUAUUAUCUUUUAAGUAACAACAGAUAUAAUUUUCCAUUUAAGAUUUCUAAAUUUGGUUUUAUUUCAACUACACAGUCACUGGAUCAUGAACAACAAGAAAUCUAUAAAUUCAAAGUUUUAGUUCAAGACAAUGGGAUACCAUCUCUUAACAACACAGCAAAUGUAGUUGUUGAAGUUAUGGAUGAAAAUGACAAUGCUCCCUAUUUUACAUUUCCCAGUGUUAACCCUUUCAAUCUAGAUGUCCACUACCAUCCAAAGAGUAAGAGUGACAUCACAACAUUAAGAGCUUCUGAUAGAGACAGUCAUGUAAAUUCCUUCCUCAGAUACGAAAUAAUUAAAGGUAAUAAUAAACAAAUGUUCACUGUUAAUCCUUACAGUGGAGUGUUGUCAUAUUCUCGUGCCAUCUAUCAAAAUGAUGCUGGAUUAUAUGAACUACAUAUAGCUGUCAAAGACAGCGGUACACCUGUUCUCACAGCUACAACUACAUUAUUUUUGACUCUAACAGUCAGCAACAAGACUUUGAAAAUGUUUACAGCUGUAGACGCACAGUACGAUGAUAAAAUACACAUCAACUUAUUUAUCAUCAUUGUCAUUGUAGCAAUGACUGCUUCUGUAAUCCUAGUGGUAUCUAUCACUAUAUGCAUCGUCAGAAAAAAUAACAGGAGAAAUUCACAACAAAGAGGUGAAUUAAGACCUUCCAAUGUAUUUUUAGAUGAAAAUAGACAAUUAGAAUAUUUGUGUGAACAAGCAGCACUUCAAUAUGAUUCGCCAUCUGCUAUGGCAGUGAGACUUCCUCCUGAACAUAGCAAAGAAUUUCAGAAGGCAAAACCAAGUCGAGAAGAUAACUUUAAACAUGAACUAACAUGUGAAAGGAAACCUUCAGAAUCACCAAGCCAUUAUCCCGAUAACAUAGACAGAUCUAUUCAGGUUCAGCCUCCUACGAGCCCACUUUACACUCAAGUACAGGUAAGACAUCAUUACAAAAAAUAACUGACGGCACCAAUAAAUAGUAACAAAACUCUCUACCAAUUCCUGACAGAAACAUCAAUUCCAGAAGUGUCACAAGUUGAAUAACAGAUGCAAUUUAUUGUAACCAUUCCAUAUGUUCUGCUUAACUCCUGGAACUCCUGAUUAUGAAGAAUUGUCAAAUUCUUUGCUCAAGACCAUUUUCUGUUCUAUGUGAGAAAGAAUGAAAAAAAAAAUUAAUAUACAAAACCCCCCCACUUGGCUGUGGAACUCUAAUAUAUCAAACAAUUUUGAAAUGUUUAUUAAAGAAGUCAAUAAAUGUUAAGUUACAUAUCACGGAAAUUCUCAUAAAACAAAUGCGAUAUUAGCAACCCAACAGUUGACCAAAUACGGUAUUCACAGAUAACUGAGGAAAAAAAAAGGAAAAAAAAAGAUAUUUUUACUAGCUCUCAAAACUAUUCCAAUUUAUUUAAAUUAUUCAUAAUGCCAUAAAUUGUAUCAAAUUUUACCACUUCAUUAAAAUAACUAAACACUUAAAAAAAAAUCAUUAAAAAAAAUAUAUAAUGAAAGAUUCCAAAUAUUAUAUUAAGGGACUCAUUUUGUUCAAAAAAAAGGUGUAUGUAUAUAUGUAAGUAAGUAUAAAUGUAUACAUGUAUGCAUAUAUAUGUAUAUGUGUGCAUAUGCAUGUGUUGCAUGUGCUGUGUGUGUGUGUUUUGUGUGUGUAUGCACAUGUUUGGGUAUAUAUUUCAUGUAUGUGUGUAUAUAUGUUUGUAUGUAUAUGAAUAUAUGAAUAUAUAAAUAUAUAUCUAAAUAUAUGUAUCAGAAUAUGCAUAAAUGCAUACAUAGGUGUAUAUAUAUAUAUAUAUAUACACAUACAAAAGAUGUAUUUAUAUUUCUCACUCUCUCUCUCUCUCUCUCUCCCUUUCUCUCACACACUGACAUAUAUAUAUACAUACAUACAUACAUACAUAUAUAUAUAGACAUAUAUGUGUAUAUAUAUAAAAAUAUAUAAAUAAAAAUAUAUAUGUAUAUGUAUUCAUAUAUAUAUAUAUAUAUAUAUAUAUAUAUUUGUAUGUAUGUGUGUAUGUAUGUACACAUAGAUACACUCAUACACAGACAAAUGUUACUUUCUUCUUGGGAUCUUUAAAAUUCAUUCUAUUCAGUGUGUAUAAAAAGCCCCACCCUCAUAAAAUAUAAUGGGCCUUUCUCCCAGGUGACAAGAUGUCGUACAAAAACUGAAAAAAUUAUAUCUUUAUAAACGUU